AUGGCUUUAUCUUUGCUUUUUUGAGGUCAGGGCACAAGUGUAGAGGCAAGGACAGGUUAUCUGUCUGGUUAUAUAAGCAGUUCAGCUCUUAAUGUGUGUGUCUGUGAAUGAACUGCCUUCAAGGCAUCCAACAGAGGCAGUACAAGCUGCAAUUAAUUCCUCUAUGUUUUGUGGUAUCAUUAGGGCGACUGGGUUGAAAAGCAUUUGAGUUUUCAGUUGACUUGUGAGCUGAGCCUAUUUUGGACCCCUUAUUGGUAGACUGUGCCCUUCACAUUACUGGCCAGGGGCCCAAAGCAUGGUUGUAGGUUUACUUAACCGAGCAAAAUCUGACCUUAGCUUAACUUUUUAAAUAAAUGAAUGAUAUGUGCAAAUAACUUGGCUUUUGGACUCUUGUGUAAGCAAGCACAAUUGUGGCACUUACUGUAUGAGUGAGCUGGACAUGCACAGAGGGACAGUAGGAACAUUUGUGGUGUUAAAAAUUAAUUUUGAACAUGAAUAACUAACUAACCAAUGUUUUCUCCAUUUUCCACAGGAGCCAAAAUGAAAUUGAUCUUCCAGUCUUUCCUCUAUUGCUGUCUGCUGACAACAGUAGCACACUGUGUGGAACUUGAAGUGAGUCCCCAGUUAAGAAAAAGGCUAAGCAUAUGGCUAGGAAGCAGAUUGAGACGGGAUCUGGACGGUGUAUCACUAGAGAACACGGCAGAGUCUCAACAGUUUGUCAGACCAGAAGAUAUCAGGGAUACUUUGCUGCCACAUUCCAGCACUGACAUCAAUGUCCGAACCAAGAGGUCCAGAAACUCAGCCAACCAGUCGAGAAGACAAGGCUGUUCGCUGGGCACUUGCACAGUACACGACCUGGUACACCGCCUGCAUCAGCUCAAUGUCACAAUUAAGGCCGGGAGCGCCCCUGCUGAGAAGAUCAGCCCGCAGGGAUACGGCAGGAGGCGUCGGUCUCUCCCAUCGCGCAGAGCCACACUGAGGCUGGAGCAGGGCAGGCUGAGGCCCGUGUGGAGCACAACUGACUCACAAGUCCACCGGCUGGAGGCUCUCCUCAAACGGACAUGAGCUGGACUUUUGCAAGAACAGUUGGGAACAAAAGCGAGGGAGUAGCUCAGCGCUAGCGUCCUCUCUGCUCUGUUCUAAGAUUCUCGAAAUGCCUCAGACUUCUGCCAAGUAUUCUCCAGCGCAUUUGUUCCAGCCAUGAGGACUGAGUCAGAGCGAGACUGGCUGCAGCCGAGUAUCUCCAAAGACUGAGCCUCGCAGCUCAGCGAUGUAGAGCCUCCAAACAACUGCAGCUGGCUUAUAGACACUGGAUGGCACAAUGUGGAGCAAACUACAGGUGCUGCUCUCUGCUUGGCAGAGGUAAAGGAAGAGUGCUAAUACCUGGCAAAGUGGACAAAUCCUCUGGCUCAAAGGGGGAACUCUCUUCUAACAUUCUGGGACUAUACACACUUGUUCCUCAAGGCCAGGACUUUGAUAAGUGCUAUCCUCUAAGGAUUAUACCACCAUGUUCCAUCAAACUGUCAGUACUUGUCUGCACUUUUUCCAUUUGGACUUAGAGUCAAAUGAAUCAUCAGGAAAAAAAAAAACAAAAAAAAAAACAUCUUCAUCACAAUGCCAAACAAGAAGAUAGGCUUCAGAGCUCCGAAGCUCUCAGUUUAUAUCAAGUUUUGGACACUGUAUAAGGGAAAUGCCUUAGAGUCUGUGAGAUAUGUGCCAAUCCACAAUGGAUUGAAUUAUACUUGAAAAUGUUAUUAUUUGUACAAAAACAUGUGCAAUCUAUAUUUGUUUUUAUUGCAGGAUAUGUGUAUAUAUGAAUUCCCUUAUUUAAAUAUUAUAUAGAGGUUACAUUAAAGUACUUAUGCAGAUAGAACUAUUUUUGUACAGGAAGAUAUAUAUAUGGGCAUUGUAGCUAUUUGUCAUUAUUCUUUUGCAAACUGUGGUAAUAGGAAAUCUGUUUUAUAGGUAUAUAUUAUAUAUUUGUAAAUGUGUUCUAUUUUAUUUGUGUCGAAGCAAUAACAUUGUCAUUCAAUAAACAUUUUGCAUACAAAAUCUA